AUGCCCUCGCCGACCGACGACGAGACCCCAUUCCCAGCCCUCACCCACGCGUCCACCUUCAGCGGCUUCGGCCGCUCCCAUCUCUCGCCUCACGAUGCCGCGCCGCCGCCCCAGCACCUCCGCCGCGGCGCAGGGGCGUCCGGAGCCGCGACCAGCGGAGACUACGUUGACGGCGCCGCCGAGUCGCUACCCCGUAUGAGGCACAUGGCUUCCGAUCGCAGUACCAGCCGCCGCCGGAAGCGCGCCUGGAAGAAGCUCAUGUGGGUGAAGCAGUCGUACCCCGACAACUACACCGACCAGGCCACCUUCCUCGAGAACCUCCAGCGCAACCCGCGCCUCAAGCCCUACGACUUUUGGCCCCUCGUCGCCGACUCGACCGUUAUCCUGCAGCACGUCUGCUCCGUCAUCAUAUUCAUCGUCUGCUUCGUCGGCAUCUUCAAGGAGCGCGUCUCACCCGUCUCCGUCGCCAGCUGGAGCAGCUUCGGCACCUCUCUCGGCUGGCUCUUGUGGGAGCGAUGGGUCUCCGAGGAGGAGGACCAGGACGACGAGCUCCUCCUCGCCGCGGGUGGCGCGGGUGCCGGCACCAGCAGCACCUCAACGGGUCUGGGGCGCGCCGGCAGCGUUCGUCGCAGAGGGCGCGCCGCGAGCAUGCGUCGCCCGCCACCACAUCCGCUGCGCACCGAGUCGUUUCCGUCCACGCCCGCCGCCUCGCUGACGCCGUCCGCGACGCCCUCGGCAGCCAGCUCCACGACCAACCUCCACCUCAACGGCAGCAGCGCCUUGAAGCAGCCUCGGUCGGCGUCUACGACGUCGCUCGGGUCACAGCAGCCGCAGCUCGGCCCCGGCGGUGAGCUACUGCCGCCGCCUCCCCAGCAGAACAUGUCGGACCCGGAAGAGUCGCGGGCGCACCAGCGCCUCGGCACCAUCAAGUCGGCGCUGCUCAUCUACUGCACGCUGCUGGGUCUCAGCCCGAUCCUCAAGUCGCUCACCAAGUCGACAUCGAGCGACAGCAUCUGGGCCAUGUCAUUUUGGCUGCUGGCCGUCAACAUCUUCUUCUUCGAUUACUCAGGCGGCGUCGGGGCCAAGUUUCCGGCGUCACUGUCGACCAACGCGGCGCUCAUGGCGUCGACGGUGCUGGCCAGCCGGCUGCCCUCCACCAAGCAGGUCUUCAGCCUCACCCUCUUCAGCAUCCAGGUGUUUGGGCUGUUCCCUGUGUUCCGACGGCACGUGCGGCACCGCAGCUGGCGCUACCACGUAGUGCAGACGGUGCUGCUGGUGCUCGGCGCCGGGCUGGGCGUGGGCAUGGUGGUGUCGGACCCGCGCCGCGGGGAUGGCGGCUGGCCGUGGAAGAACGGCACCGUGGGCAUGGUAGUUGGCAUGGUGGUGGCGGCCCUCGCCACGGGAGGGUGCAGCUGGUGGCUCAUCGGGCUGCAGAAAUACAAGAACGAAAUUCGUGGGCCGUGGGACCCGGCGCGGCCCAUCAUCAUGAGUAGGACGCGCUGGGACGACAGAUAG